UUUUAAACUGCGUUUGCUUAAAAACACCUUAUUGAUACAUCUGAGGUAAAUAUCGCGCGUUCUGAAAUACGAUUGGUCCACAUGUCAUCGCGGCUGGUGCCUAGGAAACCAUACAUGUACAUCGCGAAACGAAUCGCGCACGAGUUUGCUCCCGGAAAAAUAGUCACUAUGAUAUUUACCGUAAAUUAGAAUAUGAAGAGAAAAGCUAUGGCUGGAGGCGAAUAUUCAAAACUUUCGCAAGCGGAUGAAGAAACAGGCUGCCAGUUCGCCAGACAAGAGAAACAUCGACAUGAAAAUGACGCGAAGAGAAGAUUGGUCACCGCGUGUCUGUUUUGCGUUUUAUUUAUUAUCUGCGAGGUUACAGGUAGGAAAAAAAUUACAGAUCUCUGAGGAAAUAAUGAAUGAAUGAUAUGAGCACUAACCAUUUCCAUACUUGCCAUCUGUGUUAAAAAUAUCAGUGCGUUGUCUUUCCUUUCGGCUGAUCGAUUAGUCAACUUUAAAAAUCUUUUGAACAGAAAAACGGCGAUUUGUUUCGAAAAGUAAAUCUUUUAUGGACAGAAGUUUACACUUCCUUUAAAAUGGAAGCAAUUUAGCGAUCAACAUAAGGAGUUAAUUAUAUGCAAAAUUGGUUUGUGAUAUGUGGUAUUUUCUUGUUAUGGUCCACGGAACUUCAUAUCAACAAAUACUUUGGUGUGAAUUUAAAACUCUUGGAUUUACCUUUUGCGCAUGGUUUUAUUAAAUUUCCAAAAUAGUCAAAAGAACAAAAAAAAUUAAAUAUAGAGGCAACUUCCAAGAAAGUUUCGAAAUUUUGUCGUUAGAAAAUCCUUUUUGGCUUCUUAGAAGGGUUCUUCGCAAAUUUCAAGGGAAGUGAAGCAGUGAAUUAAAACAACCUUCAAGCAAAUGGAAGUGAAAAUAGAACCGGCUGGAAUUAAAAUUCUCCUGAAGAGGUGUUGAAACCAAGCCAUUUUUUAAAAUCGUUUGCUGAGUUAAUAGACAGGGAAUUAGGUUAAGACAAGGUCACAAAUGCCUCGUUAGAGAGUUUCUCCUAAUAACGAAAAUGACACCUGUGCCAAACAAAUAAAUAAUUUUUUUACCAUGGGAAAAAUGCAUCUCAAGCACCUGUUCGUAAAAUUAUUCUUUUUUUAGGCUGUGGGUUUAUAGAUAUCAUAAAGCAACACGCUGAAUGAAAUAGGUGAAAACCGGAUAACUUUAGCGUUAAUGGCUGUAUUUGCAAUCAUUGACAUUUCAAGACAAACAACUCACAGCUAAAACAAAUUUAAAUUUAAAAACAUUUAGCCUGACUUUUAAAGGAAAUGCUUCGUUAUGAGAGCUAUUCAGCAGCACUUGCCUGUGAUAAUGUACUGAUCUCCUUCUUAUUUUUGAACUUGACGAUAAAAAAAGAACGGCCAAAAUUUACCUCCCCCAACACUAUGUUUUUUUUAAAAUGAAAGGAUGAUCAGUAAACAGCUAGAAGUUUACUGGGCUGUUUAACAAGACGUCUCUGUUAUUUUUAAGACUUAAGUCAGUUGCCUGUGUUUGCUCAUCCCUUUUCACCUCAGAAUAGUAAAAAAAAACCCUGAUAACAGUUUUUCGUCGUAUAAACUAAAGAAGGAACCGAGAAUAACUCCAAAUGGUGACUAAAGAAAAAAUAAGCAAAAAAUAUCAGAUUUCGUUUUGUAAAAUCCUGAGAAGUAAAUGUUUUGCAAAAAGGGUUCCUCAUUACACAUUACAAGAUUUUCGUCCACAGAUUUGAAAGUUAAAGAGACCAAUUGAGGUUGAGAUAAUUUGUUUUAAGGAUUGAGAAUCAUGAGUGGUUUAUCCUGUGUGAGGCGGCCGCUCUAGGAACAACGAGGGCAUUCACACAACCUGGUUCCCAGGGCCCUCUCUUGCCCGUGGAAAGAGUAGGAGAGGAAUCUGGGAACGAUGUUGACAUUCACAGUCCUAGGAGGAUAUUGCAAUUUGCGGUUUGAGCAUGCGUUGGUUUUGGGUCAAAUAGUGUUGUGGGACUGUUUUAGGAGCCAUAUCUCUUUUGCAGGUUUUGAUUGGCUAUUACUGCUAUUACGAUUUCGCUUGGGAAACUGGAUCAAAAUUCAUCUCCUAAACAGUUCCGAACCAGUCAGAUCAGAGGGUAAACUGCCGCUUAUAAGCCCCCCAGUUAUAAGCCCCCUCGGUUAUAAGCUCCCCAGUUAUAAGUCCCCCUCUGUUAUAAGCCCCCCCAACCCCCCCAGCUAUAAGCCCCUCCAGUUAAAAGCCCCCCCCCCACAGCUAUAAGCCCCCCAGUAAAAGGCCCAUCUACCUGUACGCAAAAAACACGUCCGAUUUUAAACCCCCCUCGGAUAUAAGCCAGUCCGUUUAUAAUCCCUCCUAAAAUCCCUUACAAAGAUGUAUAAGUUCAGUGCUUGUAGUCGGCAGCUAAUGGUGCAAAAACUCGGACUCUGCGAAUAAACACAGAGCACAUCUUCACAAGCUAUCAAGCUUGCUGAGAACAGAGGGUAAAGAAUGGAUUGCAUUUGCGUUAAAUUGUUGUUAUUUUCAAACGCAGGUGGUUUAAUUGCCAACAGCCUCGCCAUCAUGAACGAUGCUCUGCACCAGAUUUUUGAUCUAAACUCUUUGUUAAUGAGCCUCGCUGCUUCGUGGAUAGCACGAUGGAAACCAAACCAGAGGAAAACAUACGGCUACUACAGAGCUGGUAAUUGUUAAUAUACACAUGCCAGGAACGCGCACUAAAGUGAUUGAAUCCUCGAUUAGAAUUAAAUUCUUUUCACGAAAAGGCCUUAAGCUUAGUCCUCAGCCUUACAUAAAAAUGCACUUUAGGCUGAUCCGCCCUCCCAGCACGUGCAACAGGGCAAUUGCCGCACAUGUGUUGUGUGGAAAUGGCGUUUAAAGGAGUGCUUUGCACUCGCCUAGGCAGUUAAGGCAUCUAAAAACGGCUUUGACCGUCUAGAAGAUCCGACGGCUAAGCCAUCUGAUGAGCGAAGCAGCUGUCUAUUACUGCUACUGCUCCGGUGACAUGUCUUUGCAAAUGCGUUAGGUACUGGUGGGUUGGUGUGCGUGUGUAAUUUGGUUUUUAGAGCCCACCAUGGAGUACCAUGGUUAAUCAAUUAGCAAAAGAAGAUUGUCGCAGGGUAGCAACCGCCACUGGUGAAUUUCAAGACACACACACAGCGACUGUGUCAAUGUAUUUAGCACGAAAGUACUAGUAAGGACACUGAUUUUACAUUCCCUACUGGAGACGGGACCCAGCUUCAUACAUCCGGGCCACCCGAACUCGGUUAAAAGUUAAAAAUGCUCUUUUUUAUGAACGCUUAGAGAAAUUGAAGUUUUAUGCUGCCUAUUUGCGCGGUAGUCUUUAUGCUCAUACCAUUUUUCUUGUCGGUGCAAGUGUACUGAAAAUAGCACACGCGUUUAACAAAGAUAAAGGUGAUAAUUAAAAACAGGUUACCUAGUUUUUACUUCAUUAAUGACUUGCUCGAUAAACGUUUUUCACAGAAAUUCUUGGAGCGUGCGCCGUUAUUCUGACGUUAUGGCUGCUGACCGGAGUGCUGGCGCAUGAAUCAAUCCUUAGGUUACUUCCAGGUUCCACCGGUCAUCAUAGUCACGUGAACCCUGAUGCAAUGAUACUUACUGCUGCGCUUGCCUUUGGUGCUAAUAUUGUGUAAGUACGUCUUAACACUGAAUAGGCACUAAUCCUAACUGUCUCAUUACCAAAGUCCUUUUGGUGGCAAGGAAAUGUUCGAAUAUAAGACAAGUAAUUAGCUUAAAUGACGCAUUUUUGCCACAGUAAACGUUCCUCUUGCAUUUUUCCUGUACAAUUAACUCUUUCUUAACGAACACUAAUCUAAAACUGUCAUGUACUAGGUGGUUUUAACUUUUGAGUUUGUGGAUGAAAUCCUAAAAUGUGACCUAUAAAUGAAAGCUACUUAGCAGCACUUGCCUGUGGUACUGUUUAUUAUCCUGUACAAGGUGAUUCUAACUUUUGAGUCUGUGGAUGAAAUCCUAAAGUAUGACCAUUCAAAUGAAAGCUACUGAGCAGUACUUUCCUGUGGUACUAUUUGUUUUUCAGCUCUGUACAUAAUGAAACUUGAAUAAUUUGUGUAAUUUUGACUUUGGCCACCUCUUGCAGUGAAAGUUUUUAAGACAUACGGGUGUGUUUAUCAAGAUGGCUACAAGGCUAGCCCUUAUCAACAUUGAUCGCCGGAUAUUUACAUUUUCUAUUUCGAAAAGUAAAUCUUUUAUGGACAGAAGUUUACACUUCCUUUAAAAUGGAAGCAAUUUAGCGAUCAACAUAAGGAGUUAAUUAUAUGCAAAAUUGGUUUGUGAUAUGUGGUAUUUUCUUGUUAUGGUCCACGGAACUUCAUAUCAACAAAUACUUUGGUGUGAAUUUAAAACUCUUGGAUUUACCUUUUGCGCAUGGUUUUAUUAAAUUUCCAAAAUAGUCAAAAGAACAAAAAAAAUUAAAUAUAGAGGCAACUUCCAAGAAAGUUUCGAAAUUUUGUCGUUAGAAAAUCCUUUUUGGCUUCUUAGAAGGGUUCUUCGCAAAUUUCAAGGGAAGUGAAGCAGUGAAUUAAAACAACCUUCAAGCAAAUGGAAGUGAAAAUAGAACCGGCUGGAAUUAAAAUUCUCCUGAAGAGGUGUUGAAACCAAGCCAUUUUUUAAAAUCGUUUGCUGAGUUAAUAGACAGGGAAUUAGGUUAAGACAAGGUCACAAAUGCCUCGUUAGAGAGUUUCUCCUAAUAACGAAAAUGACACCUGUGCCAAACAAAUAAAUAAUUUUUUUACCAUGGGAAAAAUGCAUCUCAAGCACCUGUUCGUAAAAUUAUUCUUUUUUUAGGCUGUGGGUUUAUAGAUAUCAUAAAGCAACACGCUGAAUGAAAUAGGUGAAAACCGGAUAACUUUAGCGUUAAUGGCUGUAUUUGCAAUCAUUGACAUUUCAAGACAAACAACUCACAGCUAAAACAAAUUUAAAUUUAAAAACAUUUAGCCUGACUUUUAAAGGAAAUGCUUCGUUAUGAGAGCUAUUCAGCAGCACUUGCCUGUGAUAAUGUACUGAUCUCCUUCUUAUUUUUGAACUUGACGAUAAAAAAAGAACGGCCAAAAUUUACCUCCCCCAACACUAUGUUUUUUUUAAAAUGAAAGGAUGAUCAGUAAACAGCUAGAAGUUUACUGGGCUGUUUAACAAGACGUCUCUGUUAUUUUUAAGACUUAAGUCAGUUGCCUGUGUUUGCUCAUCCCUUUUCACCUCAGAAUAGUAAAAAAAAACCCUGAUAACAGUUUUUCGUCGUAUAAACUAAAGAAGGAACCGAGAAUAACUCCAAAUGGUGACUAAAGAAAAAAUAAGCAAAAAAUAUCAGAUUUCGUUUUGUAAAAUCCUGAGAAGUAAAUGUUUUGCAAAAAGGGUUCCUCAUUACACAUUACAAGAUUUUCGUCCACAGAUUUGAAAGUUAAAGAGACCAAUUGAGGUUGAGAUAAUUUGUUUUAAGGAUUGAGAAUCAUGAGUGGUUUAUCCUGUGUGAGGCGGCCGCUCUAGGAACAACGAGGGCAUUCACACAACCUGGUUCCCAGGGCCCUCUCUUGCCCGUGGAAAGAGUAGGAGAGGAAUCUGGGAACGAUGUUGACAUUCACAGUCCUAGGAGGAUAUUGCAAUUUGCGGUUUGAGCAUGCGUUGGUUUUGGGUCAAAUAGUGUUGUGGGACUGUUUUAGGAGCCAUAUCUCUUUUGCAGGUUUUGAUUGGCUAUUACUGCUAUUACGAUUUCGCUUGGGAAACUGGAUCAAAAUUCAUCUCCUAAACAGUUCCGAACCAGUCAGAUCAGAGGGUAAACUGCCGCUUAUAAGCCCCCCAGUUAUAAGCCCCCUCGGUUAUAAGCUCCCCAGUUAUAAGUCCCCCUCUGUUAUAAGCCCCCCCAACCCCCCCAGCUAUAAGCCCCUCCAGUUAAAAGCCCCCCCCCCACAGCUAUAAGCCCCCCAGUAAAAGGCCCAUCUACCUGUACGCAAAAAACACGUCCGAUUUUAAACCCCCCUCGGAUAUAAGCCAGUCCGUUUAUAAUCCCUCCUAAAAUCCCUUACAAAGAUGUAUAAGUUCAGUGCUUGUAGUCGGCAGCUAAUGGUGCAAAAACUCGGACUCUGCGAAUAAACACAGAGCACAUCUUCACAAGCUAUCAAGCUUGCUGAGAACAGAGGGUAAAGAAUGGAUUGCAUUUGCGUUAAAUUGUUGUUAUUUUCAAACGCAGGUGGUUUAAUUGCCAACAGCCUCGCCAUCAUGAACGAUGCUCUGCACCAGAUUUUUGAUCUAAACUCUUUGUUAAUGAGCCUCGCUGCUUCGUGGAUAGCACGAUGGAAACCAAACCAGAGGAAAACAUACGGCUACUACAGAGCUGGUAAUUGUUAAUAUACACAUGCCAGGAACGCGCACUAAAGUGAUUGAAUCCUCGAUUAGAAUUAAAUUCUUUUCACGAAAAGGCCUUAAGCUUAGUCCUCAGCCUUACAUAAAAAUGCACUUUAGGCUGAUCCGCCCUCCCAGCACGUGCAACAGGGCAAUUGCCGCACAUGUGUUGUGUGGAAAUGGCGUUUAAAGGAGUGCUUUGCACUCGCCUAGGCAGCUAAGGCAUCUAAAAACGGCUUUGACCGUCUAGAAGAUCCGACGGCUAAGCCAUCUGAUGAGCGAAGCAGCUGUCUAUUACUGCUACUGCUCCGGUGACAUGUCUUUGCAAAUGCGUUAGGUACUGGUGGGUUGGUGUGCGUGUGUAAUUUGGUUUUUAGAGCCCACCAUGGAGUACCAUGGUUAAUCAAUUAGCAAAAGAAGAUUGUCGCAGGGUAGCAACCGCCACUGGUGAAUUUCAAGACACACACACAGCGACUGUGUCAAUGUAUUUAGCACGAAAGUACUAGUAAGGACACUGAUUUUACAUUCCCUACUGGAGACGGGACCCAGCUUCAUACAUCCGGGCCACCCGAACUCGGUUAAAAGUUAAAAAUGCUCUUUUUUAUGAGCGCUUAGAGAAAUUGAAGUUUUAUGCUGCCUAUUUGCGCGGUAGUCUUUAUGCUCAUACCAUUUUUCUUGUCGGUGCAAGUGUACUGAAAAUAGCACACGCGUUUAACAAAGAUAAAGGUGAUAAUUAAAAACAGGUUACCUAGUUUUUCCUUCAUUAAUGACUUGCUCGAUAAACGUUUUUCACAGAAAUUCUUGGAGCGUGCGCCGUUAUUCUGACGUUAUGGCUGCUGACCGGAGUGCUGGCGCAUGAAUCAAUCCUUAGGUUACUUCCAGGUUCCACCGGUCAUCAUAGUCACGUGAACCCUGAUGCAAUGAUACUUACUGCUGCGCUUGCCUUUGGUGCUAAUAUUGUGUAAGUACGUCUUAACACUGAAUAGGCACUAAUCCUAACUGUCUCAUUACCAAAGUCCUUUUGGUGGCAAGGAAAUGUUCGAAUAUAAGACAAGUAAUUAGCUUAAAUGACGCAUUUUUGCCACAGUAAACGUUCCUCUUGCAUUUUUCCUGUACAAUUAACUCUUUCUUAACGAACACUAAUCUAAAACUGUCAUGUACUAGGUGGUUUUAACUUUUGAGUUUGUGGAUGAAAUCCUAAAAUGUGACCUAUAAAUGAAAGCUACUUAGCAGCACUUGCCCGUGGUACUGUUUAUUAUGCUGUACAAGGUGAUUCUAACUUUUGAGUCUGUGGAUGAAAUCCUAAAGUAUGACCAUUCAAAUGAAAGCUACUGAGCAGUACUUUCCUGUGGUACUAUUUGUUUUUCAGCUCUGUACAUAAUGAAACUUGAAUAAUUUGUGUAAUUUUGACUUUGGCCACCUCUUGCAGUGAAAGUUUUUAAGACAUACGGGUGUGUUUAUCAAGAUGGCUACAAGGCUAGCCCUUAUCAACAUUGAUCGCCGGAUAUUUACAUUUUCUAAACCGUGUAAAUGUUAAAGCUAAACAUAAAUUUUGUAAUGAGUCUUUUUAAACUGAAAAUAUUUACAACUUUUACAGAUUGAUUGGUUGAUUGAUUAAUGGGUUCGAUUAAAUACAUUGUUUUUCUUCCAUUUGUAGAAUUAUUUGUUUAUUGAACGUUCAUUCACAUCAUGGUGACCAUCACUGCGAAGCAAACAUUACAGUCAGGGCUGCAUUUCUUCACACUCUGGGAGACGUGUUUCACAGUUUUGCCGUACUUGUCGGUGCAAUUCUCAUUAAAAUCAAUGUAAGUACACCCGAAGCUGGUUAUCCAUAAUUCAGCUGUCCACGGCUGUUACUGCCCGCGUGAUAUAACUGUGCGCAUGCGUAAGGUACUGCCUGGCCCUUCCGCGGAGUUGGUAGUGUGUACUUCUUUGCUAAAUUUGAUUGUUAUUCAUAUGAAGUCUGACUUAAGCCUUCGUACUAGCAAUUGUUUCCGUUCGAGCUUCGUUGCCAAAGCCGGAGCAAGAGCAAAAAAAUGCGCGCGGAAACGCUUGCUAGCUAGUCUGACAAGGGCUUAAGGCCGGGACACCUUUACAACUCGUUAUACGUUGUCCACUGAAAUAAGAUACAUGUGCUUUUCCAGUCUAUGCUCCACGACUCUCUCUGUCGUGUUUACAACAAAUUAAGUCGCUGGCUUUAAAUAUAUAUUGCUUUUGUCGAUUCCAGUGUCAAUCUUUUGAGGAUGAUUUAAAAAAUGAUGAAUGAAAAAGCUUAUGCGCAGACGCAUCAUUCAUUCACGAUGUUCUCUCUCGCAGGGGAGUAUGGGACAUACUCUCUUGUCUAGCUUGUCCCCUUGUUUCUCAUCCUUUAUAGUCUCAUGUCUCUCUAUAAAUAAUCCGCCGUUUUGUUCCUCCCUUCAUUUUCACUGGCAGUUUAGAACGGAAUCAGUUUUAGCUUAUUGUCGCUGUUUACUGUAUUCUCGUUUCAAAAUAUUUGCCUGACUUGUCUUGCUUUGCUUUGCAGCCGACGUGGGAAAUGGCUGAUCCAAUUCUUAGCCUAUUAGGCGCAUGUGUGGUUCUUGUAUCUACUCUCAGUGUUCUUAGAGAGUCUAUCAAUAUCUUAUUGGAAGGUAAGAGUAAAUAUUAGGCAUCCUGUUUUAACGCUAAGCAUUGCGGGUAAAUAUUAACAAGUAUUGAGCCUUUUCACAUGUGGUCACGGCGGUCAUAUUGCAAUUGGUGUUACAAACAAAUCUCCUAGGAGUUGAACUCUUUUCUUAUGUAAAUGCAUUCUUUUGUUCCAAUAAAUUUGCAUAGACCGGCUGGCCCAGUGAGUGAAAAUGCUCUCUACGGAUGCUAAGUGGUGUGAAGCAUAGAUUAUGGUGUCAGAGGUGGAGCGUUUAGCUCCAGGUAGUUGCGCCAUAGGGUGGAGAAGAGGGGAUGAACCUGAUUUCACAGGAAGGGUUAGGAGGGAUUGAGCUGGAUAGAUAGUCAUCUGAACUUAAAGAAAAUUUUUGGGUACGUAAUUAAAGAACCCACAAAAUGAUUUAAUGUCUAAUCAGUGCAUUUUUCAUAUUUCGUGUUUCUUCAGGAGUGCCUUCAAACAUAAGACUUGCUGAUGUCAAAAAUGAUCUGACGAAUACUGAUCACGUGCUUGGUGUUCAUAGUCUACAUAUCUGGGCACUUACAACAAACAAGACAAUAAUGUCAGCUCACGUGGUCAUAGGUAUGUAAAUUUAACAUAUAGUCGCCGGCCAUCUGUCGCUCUUUUGCGUUAGUUAAAGUUUCGGCUAUGUUUACACUGGCUGUGUUGAGGCUAAACAGUCUGUUCGAAUCCUUUUGUGAUUUAUAAGACUCCAGGCAUGCUGCGCGCGCAAACCUCGGUGUAGUUGUGAAAACGUUCAGAUCGUGGGGACUGCUCAAAAAGAUGUGAGCACAAAAAAAGACAACUCCUUCACGCCGCACUCCCAAGGCUGUGCUCUAAGGAAAAUUUCAAGGAGCCCUUCGGGCUCCCAAGCAUUUUAGUUUAGGCGCCCAGACCUCAAAGUUGGUCGCCCGAAUAAAAAUUUCUCGGAGCCCUUCGGGCUCCCAAGCGUUCCAGCCCGGGUGCCCAUUCCUCUCAAGUUGGUUGCCCGAGUACAUCUGAGGAACUUUUUUUUAUGCACACGAAUCUUACUGGCCUGCUGAUCACCAAAGUCGGCAAUUUUAGCUUUUGGGUUUUGACAAAAACCUGCAUGUUGUCUUAUGAAACCCAUCAAAGUUUUCGUGCCAUUCAGAUUUAAGACCAGAAACGUGAGCAAUGCCGCCGAAUUGUUUAGGUCUUAAAGAGGGAAAAGUAGAAAAAUUUCAGCAGGUUUACGUAAACUUCAUUAAGAUCUUUGGGUCAAGGAAAACUGUGCUUUUUACCAGUACUACUAAACUUGAAAAUAAAUUUUUAAAAGGUGAAUCAAUGCGGCAUGAAAUAUAAUGUGACGGAGUUUUAUACGCAGCAGAUCGAACUCAAGUUUCCGUGAAGAAUUCCGUGAAACAGUGAAACCGCCGCGGCCCCAACCUAUUGUUUUAAUAAAAAAUAAUUCAUCUUUAAUUUUCUUUUCUAUAUUAUCAGUGAAUCUUUUAGGAUAAUUGAGCUUUUCGUGGAUAUGGUCGAAGCGUAAACCAGCUCUUCUUUCCGUGUUUUUAUUUUUUAUUUUUGGCCGUUGUAUAUGCAUCCAUGCGAAUUUAGUUUUCGAUACGUAAAAUGCCAAGACAACGUGAAACUACCCUGUUUCUAAAACAACAAUAAAAACGAUCAGAACGAUCAUAUCUUUUCUGUUUAUAUUUCGUUAUCUUGUGUAAAGGGAAGAAAACAAUCAUACGUUAGGUUUUAGCCAAGCAGACACACAGCAGCCAAAAACCGUAAAACAUUACAUUUGCAUACUGCUCAAUACAGCAACUUCCGUUGUACACGAAAAUAAAUUACUCCGCGUCGCCAGCCGCGCUCUACGUCUGUCAGAAAAGUAUUGACAAUUUCUCCUGAAAACUGUACCUAAUGAACCAUUCUAUCUCAAACAAAAAUUUUAAAACUAUUUUGAGAAGCGGUACAAAUCGAAAAUCGUGCCGCUUGUCACGUUCAAAGUGAUGGAUUAUGUUACAUGUGAAAUCAUGCAGAACGACCUUUGAACAUCGACGCGCGCCCGUUUCUUCCGUACAACAUUCGUAAAACAUUUUCUGUAGGGUUUAGUAAACUCCGACUCAACAAGCCAACGCUGGUAUGCUAAAUUUUUCUGCCCGCUUAACUGAACACUCCACCAGAAGCAAGAGUGCCCGGCCGGGCGACCGGGAACUUUUUUUCAGUCGCCCGGAGCUAAAUGUUAGUCGCCUCAGGCGACCGGGCGCCGUUAGAGCACAGCCUUGACUCCACUGUCCGAACGCCUGAAACAGGCUAGUCGUGAUACAAACCAUGUGCUUAAUUACCUGUAACGCUUUGGAGCGAGUUCCUCAUCCUCUGAUAAGUUCNUUUGUCAAGCACAACAGCGUUCCCAGUAACAUUCCUUGCUGCAGACCGGCCGGUCCAUCCCUGAAGCCCCCUACCAGCUUUUUAACUGCAACAACGUUAAUAUACUUUAUUGGUGCUGGAAUUACCGUGGCUGUUUUCAUCAGUCUUGCCGUGGAGGGGGUGCUCUAGAUUUUAUCUGACUUGUAGUAGUUUUACUAAGCCUUGAUGAGACUGUGACUCGUUGUGUUGAUCGAAAACGUGCUGACGCGUGCAAGUCUGAGUCUUCAUUAAAGUUGUGUUUUUAACAAUCUGCGUUUGUGUGUGAGGCGCGUUUGGCCCCCGGACACGCUGUACCGGGUAGCUUUUGCGCUGGCACAAAAACGGAGUAGAGCUUCUGUUCAAACAUAAGAACAGGGAUUUCAGCGCGAUUUCUGUAUCGAAGCGAAGCUGCGCCAAUCUCGAGAGUGGAGGGUCACAUAUCGGAUAGGUUCUGUGCCACACUUUGGUGUAGUGUGAACAAGUGUGAACAGGUAUUCGGGCGGUAGCGGAAGUGAAUAAGUUCGAGCGAGGAUCGGAAUCCACUGAGACGGAAGUAAAUAUUCAGGAGUGAGGACUGGGAUUUAGUUCACCAAGCCCUCUCGGCCAACCACUACGGCACGAUGUGCGUGAACGACUUGUUUUAGUUCUGCACCGUUGCUGCUGAUAAUAUAAGACCGUCAAUUUCUGAAGCAAUGUAAAAACAGUAAAAAUCAUAACUUAUUCUAGGGUUUUAAGGACCUUAACCUAAUAGUCCUAAUCAACGCACUCAAGGAAAAUCAGCAAAAAUCAGCCAGUCUUGGCCAAUGCCUCAAGGAGGUUUCGUAGUGCUCGAAGGCUCCAUUGAAUGUGAGACUUGCAUCUGUCAGAGGUACAGUCAAAUUCUCACUAAACGGACACCUCAUUAUUACGGACAGUUUGCUGUAUCCCUGGGGAAAGAAAGCCCUUACAUUUUCUGUAAAGUCAACCCGCUUAAUACGGACACCUCAUUAUUACGGACAGUUUGCUGUAUCCCUGGGGAAAGAAAGCCCUUAGAUUUUCUGUAAAGUCAACCCGCUUAAUACGGACACCUCAUUAUUACGAACAGUUUUCUGUAUCCCUGGGGAAAGAAAGCCCUUACAUUUUCUCUUAAUUCAAACCGCUUAAUACGGAGACUCCGUUAAAACGGACGCUGUCUAUGGCCCCCUUACUGUCUGUAGUAACUUGGUUUGAUUGUACUUGAUGAAUCAAAAGUGAUUCGUAGGCAAACUGAAAUUUGCUUUCUUCUUUUUCUACAGAUCCCAGAGCGGAUGUGAACUCAUUGUUAGAGGACGCAACGACGACAUUGUCAGAGAAAUACAACUUUCACAAGUCUUGUUUACAAGUGGAAAUUAAGCGAACAGAAACUAGGAGUAAUUUCCACCAAAAUAAUACUGAAUUAAUCGCCGAACAAUAGACUAACAAAGAAAUUAUAUAUUUUCUCGCUUAUUUGCGAAGGAAACUUUCCACUUCCUACUGUUUUUUUCUCGGUUUUAAGGGAUCCUACUUCUGGACUACAAGGAUCCCCAAUAGGGUCAAUCCGGUAUAUGGAUGGUUAUUUUCGGCAUCCCACAACCCGUGAAUACUUUCAAUCCCGAAUCUCGCCACCAGUUUGCUUUAAAAUCCCAGCGAAUGCCCUCCUUCAAAUAAUGCGAACUCCGAGUCCUGAAAACCCUUUUGGAGUCCCUCGACUACCGUAGCUUGCGAUCAGGCCUUCUAGUUAGAAAUAGGAGAGAAAAUCCCUUCCCAUUACUAAAUUUCUUCCCCUCACAUCUCGCCUUUUCAGCCUUGUUCCCCAAGGAUAGCCGGUUUACAGGCUGCCUCCAUUUGUACUACCAGAAGGAAUCGUUUUCAGAUUGCAAGAUGUGUGUAAGGAAAAUAAAACCGAGUUCUUGAAACUCGAAAAGUGAACC